CGCACAUACCGUGCUUUGAUGAACUAUGGCUGAACAUCCCUCAUUUACGCUUGCCGCACUCUUGCCUAUAGGGGGAGUUGUGGGAUAUUUACGCACGCGCUCAGCACCUUCUUUGAUCGCAGGCGUUGGGCUAGGAAUUUCCUAUGCGUGCUCAGGUUAUCUGAUAAAGCAAAAUAAGGAUUACGGCACCGAACUGGCUCUGGCAAACAGUACAGUCCUGCUAGGCGCUGGGAUAGCUCGGACUAUCAAAACGCAAGCGAAAGCACCUAUACCUUUGGCCCUCGGCGCAACAGGUUUAUUAGCGUCAUACUACUACCAGAAAAAGGUGCGAGAGUUUAGAUACGGGGUCUAAACUAUACAGAUACAAGCUCAAAAGGUGGAGCAUCCCUUUUCAAUAUGGGUACUUGAGCUUCUAGUUGAACUCGAUGCGUACCCACUAUAUCAUCUCAACACCAUCCUGGAUCGAAGUAGAUAGGGUCUUCUCUUAGCAAUCUCUUAAUAACGAUCCGAAGCAAAGGAAAUUACAUCACUCACCCGGAGAGCAAC